CCCUCUUUUAUCCCCUAAUGCAUAGGUCGACCGCAUCUCGCUGUUUACAAUUUGUGGCGGGAUGCCAGCAGCAGAGACACGUCUGAUGGAGCUGCUACAACGUGCCUGCAACCAUGAACCGACCAUAGGACGCUGACACUCGCGAGUAUAGCUCCGCGUCCCCCAGAAUGAGUACGCACCAUGAAAAAGCCCAGCGCUAUAUAGGUCUUCUAGACGCGGCGCGCGUGGCUGGCCAGUGGAGAGAAUUUCCAGAACUUAUAAGAAAAGUUACCAAGCAUGCCCCUGAUCGAAAAUGCUUGAUACGGGUCGCAAAAUCCGAACACGACGUCGCCAACUACGCUUCCACAUUCGCCCGCAGACCGGGCACUGCUCACACCAACCAGCCUCUUCCAGAUUCCCAAGCCACUUCCCUCGAAGAAGAACUCCGUGCACCAGGGCAUCCGUUUGAAGAGGUGGUACAAGGCCAGACAUGCUUGCUUUGGGCGCAUUGGGUUGGAGCACAUAAAACAGACCGUCAAGUGCCCGCUGUUACAUUCGAACCUGUACGGACUGCAGCGGACGCCAUUUCGCUAUGGACAAAGAUCUGUGUGGUCAAGACGGUUUACAUCAGAGGCAUGCUCUUUGCACAAGCUGGCGAGGAUAAAGAGGCAAAGGAAAUCCUUGACUCUCUGCUUCCUUGGCUAGAUGCUAACAGGAGCCUGGUCGUUUCUACUCCUCAACUCCUUUACUGGGCGCAACAACUACUUGGUAGGGUUUCAUUGGGCCACCGAUUGUCAGUCACAGACUCUGCAACCAUCAUUGGUCACGAAUCAGCCUCGUUCAGGCUCCAAGCAUUCCGUCAUUGGGCUGUACUUGCGGUUAAGAACCAGGAGGUGUCGGCUUCAACCUAUGGCAAUGGGCCAGGACAUUUGUCGAAGCUCGACAUGUGGAGAGCUUACUACAGAUUUUUGUCUAGCCUUCUACAAAACAGACAAGGAAUCGCGGACCAUGUCUCCAUCGAACACUCUGACUUGGCAGUCGAGCUACGGCGGGUGGAGACGUCUUACGAGAAUGAACUCUUGCGGAACGUUCAAUUUCCCAAGGCCACUGAAUCCAACGCGGCCAUAGAAGCGUGGGUGGAGGAAUUCAUUCGCAACUGGCAGAUUCUUUGCGGUCCCAAUUGGUCGGAGUCGGACCUGGGCGAAGGCGGUCGCAAUUCAUGUGGAAGAAAUGUGCUCGACAUGCUAUAUCGAGCCGCCACAAAGUCUUUUCACUCGACACUUAUCUUACGUCGAUUAUUCCAAGUCCAUAAAGCCUUGACGGAUUUCGGCUUGGCUUACAAGGCCUUGGACACCUACAUUGAGCUAAUGGAUCGAGCGCGGGCUGGAGCUGCCAAGUCUGAAACUCCAGCGACUGGCAGUGACAGUGAUGAGGUCUUUAUGCGAACUAUCGCUGAAGGAAUUGAAGGCCUGUGCUCAUUUGGCCGAUACCUGGAGGCGGAGAAGGCGUAUGAGCUGUGCGACAAGCUCCAAGAUCUCCUGAGAGAGCUCGAAUCGCCGUCUACAAAUUCCAUCCCCAACGGCUUUGCAACAAGAACCAAUGGAGAGGUGAACGGAGAAAAGUCGGUCCCUUGCCGUCUGUCCCCCGACUUGCUGGAGGUUACCUACCGAGCCAUUGGGAUAGGAAAGGCCCAGUGGGCUCGAUGGACGCCUUUCAGUGAGGAGCGGACCAAUCUGCAAACUGCAGCUAUUGAAUGUCUGCAGAAGGCGGCAGCACAAGAUCUCCCGCCUGAAAGGCAACUGUCCACCUUGUACGCUCUAAGCCAACUGCUUGCGCAGACGCGAGACAUUGACCAGGCGAUUGCAACUGUGAAGAAGGCCUUGGCUUGGGAAGCGGAGAAGCUUGAGGGAGAUAACAAUUACAGCAUACAGCGGCAGUUAGUGCCAUUCUGGCACUUGUUGUCGCUUCUUCUCACCUCGCGGCAGAACUUUGAGACGGCUAGCCAAAGCUGUGUGGCAGCAUUUGAGCAAUUCUCCCCUCCAGAGACAAUCUUCGGCGAUUUCCCCAACGGUUCGGUGGUUGGUGGAAGAUUGGCCAGUGGCUAUCGGAAAGUCGGGCUGGUGGAUGAUAUGGAGUGUGACGAAUUGCAAAAAAUUAUCGAGAUCCGCAUCACUGAACUCGCUUUGACAGAACUUCUGGAAGGUCCGGAGCAUGCGGUCAACAACAGCAACGACUUGCUUGCACUAUACUCCCGACUGUUCGGGCGACAUGGGGUGAUUGCCAUCAGUGAAGAAACGUCCCGAAAAAGAUCGAUUCAACCUCCCAAAAGCUCAGGUGGCACGGUCAGGAGUCUUCCGGGUAAGCUGUUCCACCGAAAGAGACUAGGACGCUCAAGUGAGUCGUCCAAAGGAGUGCCGAUCAAUGUCGCUCCUUCGAUAGCGGAAGAAUUACGACCCAACACGCAAGCGACUCAAGCGACUCAAACGACCCAAGCACCGACUAUCCAGGUCACCAACGAAGACGGCAAAGCGUCGCCUCACAAACACAAAAUAUUCCAUAUCCAUGACCAUGCGAAGGAAGGGAAGCGACAUUCCUCGGCCCCCCUGCCUACAAAGGGUCUGAGGUCAAGGCGCUCGAGGUCACUGAGUCGCGGGAGGAAAGAGCCGAGUCAUGCUUCGAGUACGAGACAGUCCUUUGAGACUUCGCACGAGACAGUUCCCAGCUCCGAGGCAACGGCAGAGACUGCUCAACCCGAGCUGAGGUCCCCAUUGGAAACCAUUCAAUCCGCCGAUGUCCCAGAGAUGCCUGUGUCUCCGGAUCACGAUGCAAGCGAAGGAGCCAAACAGCCCUUAAAGGAGAUUCCGCACAACCUCACAUCCCAUGAGAAGGUGCCGCCGCCGGCGCAGCACCAAGAUCAACCUCCUCAGCAGGAUGUGCGACUGCCUGUCGUAGGACCGGGGACAUUGCGGACAGAUCCCAUUCCUCGGUUCCCACGGACGGCAUCUCAGAGGCAUGCUCUGAGUGUACUGGUCAAAAUAUGGCUGAUUAUUGCAACGCUAUACCGAAGAGGCAACAUGUUUGACGACUCGCGGGAAGCGUGCGACGAGGCAGCAAAAGUGGCCUUGAAGAUCGAGGGCAUGGUUGCCAGCGUGGAGAGUUCAGCACGAGCAUUCAGUGAUGGUGGAUGGGGCGGCGGCGGGAAAAGUUCGGAUGAGCUUUGGGCUGACGUGUACUGUGAGCGAGCGGAACUGCUAAUGGCUAUCGCGCGAGCGCGCGAAGAAAAGGAAGGCGCCGUGUCUCCUGAAGGAAUCCGGGAAGCGGUGGAAAACUACGAGCAGUGUCUGAUGUACUUUGCCGACCACCCCGGAGGGAUCGUGGGAUUGAGUAAUGUGCUCCUGGACUACUACGAACGCAAAGUGGAGCUGGCUCGGCGGAUCGACAAUGGCAAGCCAAGGGCAGAAGAACCACAGCAGGCACAACCACAGGACGAACCAGGGCGGCCGAAGCACAAGCGCGAAUGGAGCCGAAUCUCGACGGGGCCGACCACCAACGGCUGGUUGGAGACGGAUGGUCCAGGUGCGAACGCAACCGCGCCUGUCGGGAUGUCGAACACUCCAUCGGCGAGAGAAGAGGAUCUUAAGAAGACUCCGGAGAACCUCAAUCGAUUGGCAGCCCGCGACCGGGCAUAUGGACUGCUGUCGACACUGACGAAAUUGGGGUCGGGCUGGGACAAUUCGGAAGCAUGGUUCGCGCUCGCCAGAGCUCAUGAACUGGGCGGCGAGGUGGACAGAGCCAAAGAGAUUCUCUGGUGGUGUGUCGAACUGGAGGAUACGCGGCCCAUUCGACACUGGGGGAAUGUUGGGUGUGGAGGGUACGUACUCUGAGCGCCACGUUAUUGCGAGUCCUCUACGCCUCCUCGUCUUCCCACCGUCUUUUGUUCAGUAUGGAUUAUGUAUUGCCAAGACUCGUUCGAGUUGCAAGGAAGAGUUGUGUGCGCGUCCUGACCCGUGACCCGUGACUUGUGAAGUCGCGAUCUGUAAGCUUGGAAGGCUGCGGUGUACCGAGUGGGCAAGGCACGAGAAGGCGGUCGCAUGCCGUUGAACCAAUCGCUUGGGAUGGAUUUGCUCAGGCUUCCAGUCGUAUUCAUACAAGUAGGGCCGGCCGCCGAGGGGCUGAUGUGGCAUCAUCCAGUGGCGGCAUUCCCCAUUUUUAGCAGCAAAGCCCCGACGGGCCGCUACAGC